GGGACCCCGCUGGGGGCGACCCCGCUGCGGGCGCGGGGGAAGCGCCUAGGCCCCUUUAAGCUGCGGUGCUCCCCGAAGUCCGGGCAGGCGGCCCGGGAGGCGGCGCGGGGCCAGGAGCUGGGUGGGGGGGUCCCGCGCGCGCGCCCUCCCCGCCCCUCGGCCCACAGCCCGGCCUCGCGCCCCCCGCGCCCCCUGCGCCCCGGCGGGCCAUGCCGCGGCUCUGAACCAUGUCCUCCUACGCCAAGAACGGGACCGCGGACGGGCCGCCCUCCCCCACCGCGCAGGUGGCCCGCGGCACCACGACCCGGAGGAGCAGGUUGAAGAGAUCCGAUGGCAGCACCACUUCCACCAGCUUCAUCCUCAGACAGGGUUCAGCGGAUUCCUAUACAAGCAGGCCGUCUGACUCCGAUGUCUCUUUGGAGGAGGACAGGGAAGCGAUUCGGCAGGAGAGGGAACAGCAAGCGGCUAUCCAGCUUGAGAGAGCAAAGUCCAAACCUGUAGCAUUUGCUGUGAAGACAAAUGUGAGCUACUGUGGCGCCCUGGAUGAGGAUGUGCCUGUUCCAAGCACGGCCAUCUCCUUUGAUGCCAAGGACUUUCUACACAUUAAAGAGAAAUAUAACAAUGAUUGGUGGAUAGGAAGGCUGGUGAAAGAAGGCUGUGAGAUUGGCUUCAUUCCAAGUCCACUGCGACUGGAGAACAUACGGAUUCAACAAGAACAAAAGAGAGGGCGUUUCCACGGAGGGAAAUCGAGUGGAAAUUCUUCUUCAAGUCUUGGAGAAAUGGUAUCAGGGACAUUCCGAGCAACUCCUACAUCAACAGCAAAACAGAAGCAAAAAGUGACAGAACAUAUUCCUCCUUAUGAUGUGGUGCCAUCGAUGCGUCCGGUGGUGCUCGUGGGGCCGUCACUGAAAGGUUAUGAGGUAACAGAUAUGAUGCAGAAAGCCCUCUUUGAUUUCCUGAAACACAGGUUUGAUGGGAGGAUAUCAAUAACAAGAGUGACAGCUGACAUUUCUCUUGCUAAGAGGUCUGUCUUAAAUAAUCCCAGCAAGAGAGCAAUAAUUGAACGUUCAAACACCAGAUCCAGCUUAGCGGAAGUACAAAGUGAAAUUGAAAGAAUCUUUGAACUGGCAAGAUCUUUGCAGCUGGUUGUUCUGGACGCAGACACCAUCAAUCACCCAGCACAACUCAUAAAGACUUCCUUAGCACCAAUUAUUGUUCAUGUAAAAGUCUCAUCUCCAAAGGUUUUACAGCGGUUGAUUAAAUCUAGAGGAAAAUCCCAAAGUAAACACUUGAACGUUCAACUGGUGGCAGCUGAUAAACUUGCACAAUGCCCUCCUGAAAUGUUUGAUGUUAUAUUGGAUGAAAAUCAGCUUGAGGAUGCAUGUGAACAUCUAGGAGAGUACCUUGAGGCGUAUUGGCGUGCCACCCAUACAACCAGUAGCACCUCUAUGACUCCACUGCUGGGAAGGAAUUUGGGCUCCACAGCACUCUCACCAUAUCCUACUGCAAUUUCUGGGUUACAGAGUCAGCGGAUGAGGCACAACAACCACUCCACAGAGAACUCUCCAAUUGAAAGACGAAGUCUAAUGACCUCUGAUGAAAAUUAUCACAAUGAAAGAGCUAGGAAGAGUAGGAACCGCUUGUCUUCCAGUUCUCAGCAUAGCCGAGAUCAUUACCCUCUUGUGGAAGAAGAUUACCCUGACUCAUACCAGGACACUUACAAACCACACAGGAACCGAGGCUCUCCUGGGGGAUACAGCCAUGACUCCCGGCAUAGGCUUUGAGGCUGCUGAAACAACAUAAAAAUAUUCAUGUGUUGACAAUUUGUCAUAGUACUACUAGGGUAAAACAAUCAUUGUAGCUUGGCAAGCACAGCACAGUUAUUGUGCUGUGGGCUAGUAUCAUUUGAUGCUAAGUAAGGGGCCAAAAAAAAACAAACAAAAAAAAAUCAUGCCCUUGAAUCUAGAUGGAUAGUAGAUGCCCAGUCAUAUAGAUAUUUUAAGUGUAACAUUUACAUAACAGUACCUUUUGUUUUCUUCAUAGAUUUAGACACAUCUAUUUGUAAUUUUAGGGUAUUUAUCAAGGCACAUAUAAAAUAAUUUCCCGUGCUGGAAAUUCCAAAUGACCAGUUCCAGUUGGAACCAAUUUAUAAACCAAUUCCUGUUGGAAUUUGGGUGAACUGACUGGAAGUCUACUUGAGUAUGUUAAACCAAUUGAACAAUCAGGAAAAAAAAAAACCUAAAUAAUAAGAAAUUCAUAAUACCAACAGAAACCAAACCAGCUAUAGUAUUUAUUUGCUGGAAGCUAAAUUUACACUUCUAGUUGGAAUGUAUGAGCAUUUUAAUAUAUUUCAAUGUUGCCAGAAUGGCUUUUCAAACUUACCAAAUGUACGGAUAGUGCCAAAAAAAAUCUCAGAAAUCUCAAUGCAGAAAUUAUACAGUCUCCUCAGUUUUUAAUAUUUUUAUUUCUUUCUUGGCAUAGCUGUUGUAUUCACUGUUUUUAGCUUUCUGUUCAGUUAGUAUUGUUAGCUUGUUUGAAGUUGGCAAAAAAAAAAAAAAAGAAAAACCUCAACAUUUUUUCAGCAAUGGGAGAGAAUUAUAAAGAGAAGCCAAGAAUAGCUGGUUAUAUAAGAAAUGGAAAAUGAAGUGGUACUUCUUCUUUAAUCAAUCUGAGCACAACUACAGACAUUUGGGGGUCUGAAGUCAGGUACCAAGGAUGUGGUGCCCUCCUCCUGAGUGCAAAGCUAAACAUCUCCAGGUGGGAGUUCAUCCAGCCCACUUACCACACACAACAGGUCAGUAUUUUCUGCCAACACUAUGGAGUGUCUUCUCAUCACUUCAUUAAGCCCCUGUCUUUGGUUUAGAAUGUCUAGCCCCUCAGCAGUUUUCAAACGUGCUAAUUUUUUUUUAAUUUCUUCAAACACAUUCAGAUUACUACAUGAUACCUGGGAAAAGCUCAAAGAAACGAUGCAUUUAACACCUUGCAAUAAAAGAAAAAAACCUAAACAUAUAGAUUAAGAAUAUGCUGAUUCAUUGAAAUUACAGCAUUUUAAUGCAGAAAAAUGAUAAUUUUGGAGCUUGAGUUAUCUUAUUUUUAGUGAACACCCCUAAUCACUGAAUUAUUCAGGUUCUUUGUUGGGGGUGAGUAUAGUUAUAGACUUGGUGACCCAUGUCUUAUCAAGAAAUACUUAGAUUCACUAUGAUUCAAGAAAUUAUUGAAAUUAGCCCUUUUAUACAAGACACAAAUGUCUUUAUGAAAGGAAUCUCAUUUCUAAAAUUCUACAAUAUGUGCAUUUUCUAAAAUGCAGCCACAAAAGCUCUUUUCUAUUAGCACAUGUCAUGAAGCAUGUUUUUUUAAAACAUGAAUAAUUAAUUUUACAUUAGCUUGUUUUCCCCUAAGUUGUUCUAUAUUUAGUCUCUCUGAGAGCAUGUGCUAGUUCAAUCAUUUUCCUGAUGAAGAAAUACAUUUCAUGUUCUCAGUUAGUUGUGCAUAUUUUAAACCCCACUACAGCCUACCAUGUACCUUCCCUCUUGUUCACAGUAUGUAACCCAUCAUGAACCUGUUUAGCUCACCAUGAGGGUACCUACAAUUCUGUAUGUCAUCUCCUCCAUCAGUCAAUACAAUUCAACAUGGGCUUAGUCAAAUUUCAAAGUUAACAUGUGGUACUGGCUUUUGCAGUUCUUUUGUCAUCUAGUGAAGUUUACAAAACUUUCAGUUCAGACAUUCAGAAGAGCUGAAUCCACCAGGCUCUUUACUCAAAAUAUAACCUGCCAUUAUUGAAAACUUUGUUAAAACACAGAAGAGCAUUUUCCAGCAAACAAAACUAUAUUACAUGUACAGCACAUAUUUGCAUGAGAAAGAAAACAUUAGCCAAAACAUUUUUCUAUAUGCUUUACUGGUUUCUUGUUUGUGUGCAUUAAAGUACUUAAUUGCAAAGAGUGCACCAAGGUGUAUAAAUUUAGACUAGACAGCUGUCCAGCUUUUUCUGUGGUAGCAUUAGCAAUUUGGUCAUUUAACUACUUUAAGAUAUUUACAUUUUAUGGCAGGUAGCUGCAACAGCAUUUCCCAUAUAUUUCCUAGUCAGCGAGAUUACCAUUUCUUUUUGAAACUCACUUGUUUUUAAAGUCUCUCAGACCCUUGUUUCUAGUCUUCAUGUCAUACAGAUGAAGAGGGAGUUCCAUUCAAUAACUAUACCUAGAACCCGCUGAUCAUUUACCUUCAAAUGUCCAUACCCAUUUCGCUUUGCAUUCUUAUUCAAAAGCUAGCAAUCAUUUUUUUGGAAAGGGUAUAAUGUAUAUUUUCUUGAUGAAAUACUUAAAUUUUCUCUUUAAUUUGACAUCUUUUUAACUUUCCUUCUGUAAUAAGUUUAUCUUCUUCAAAUGAACAAGAGACACAUCCUUUUUUUAAAGCCUUAGAAUUUAUUAUGUAAAUGAUACUAACAUCAAGAUAUAUACUAAAUAAAGUUUUAUUUUUUGAGCACAAUAAGCACCUUUGGAAAAUAUGUAUUCCAGUAAUACCUUGUUUUUAAUUGUUUUCAAUAAGCAGGAGAAAUAAGUCAUAACAUUUUAAAGUUGUUUUAACUUGUAGUAUAAACCACAUAUUACAGUUCUUUAGUUUCAGUCCAAAGACAUAAUAAUGUCACACUGUAGAAAUGUAGUUGUGGAAAAGAAAGGAAUUCAGUUUUUGAUCCUGCUGUUAACUCUCAAGGCCAUAAUGUGACUCCAAUACUAUAACCAAUAAUAUUACCUUGUUUAAUCCAGUAUUUAGUGCAACACUUAGACAAGUUUGUGAAUGACUGGAUUCUCUUUUAUCUUUAUAUAGUUAGUUCUAUUGAAAAGAAGAUGGGAAUUGUUAACAAUUUAAACUAAUGGUCUUAACCAUGAAGAGAAUCUUAAUUUUGUGACUCUAUAAGUUAUUGGAUUUUAUCCUUAAUGAAAUGAACUUUUUAAAUGUGAAACAAAUUCCGAGACAAGUAUUUGUUCCCUGUAAGUGAAUUGUUAUUUACUCUAAUUAUUAUUGUUGUUUUUGCAAAAAUGUAUUUUUGGAAUGUUAACCUCUUUUCAUACCUGCAUACUUGAACUUGUCUUUAGUGUGGGGGCCUUAAAAUUCAUAAUAGACAGUAGAGGCGGUGAAAGGGAGUGAGAGAAGAAUAUUGAGGCAAAAGAUGAUUUGGAAAUUUCAACUCUUUAAAUGAAUAUAUCACAAAACAUUGUUGAGACCCAGGAUUCAGUUAGUAAUGUUUCUAGGCAACCUUGACUUGCAUGCUCACAUAUUUUCCUAGUUAUAUAAUUUUAUUUUCAUAUUUGCUAAAGAAAAUACAAAACAACAUGAGACCCCUAUACAAAUUGUUCUGUAUAUCAAUAUUUUUUUACUACAUCUUCUCUAGAGAAGAGAGUCUAUUUUUAAGUGGAAAGAGUACUCAUCAAAUUAAGAUUGUUUACCAUCAAAAGACAUACAUCAACUUUUCUACCAUUACUGCUAACCUUGCUGCAAAGCUAAAAAAAAGUAUGGUGUUAAAAAUCCCAUAAUGCUUUUGUCACCCUUUCAAUUCUUCCAUGUUGAUGAUGUUCAAUAUUCUCUUUGAAUUGAUUCACAGUUGAUGAGAUGUGGGUAAUUGAACAAAUAAGUCAUCCUAGGGAACAAACCAAACUGUGAAGAAACUACCUUUGUGUGCAAUACAUUAUAAUUUCUAGUGCUGGGUCUGAAAAUCAAUAUGUCUAAAUGCUUAAUGUUUAAAUGCAGCUGGUUUGCAAAUUCAGAUUUUGUUAAUCUUUGAUUUCUGUGGAUACCAAAAGCAUGACUUAGCAGCUUAUCGGGUAAGAAUAUUCAUUAUCUUGGACUCUGGUGUAAUGGGAACAAACUUCAUAACAAUGUUCAAAUAAAUGUUUAUGUAAUCCUUAUUUCUUUUAUAUUUCUGCCUUUGUCUUUUAUGACAAUGUUGCAUGUUGGUUUUUUUUAUUAUAUAAAACUCAUCCUUGAAUGAUUAUGGGACACUUUAUAAGAAAGUAUGUGAUAAAAUCUGUUUCCUUAGUUCUUUAUAUCUUUAAAUAUUGUCAAUACUGUAACUGUGAACUAGUGCCCUUAGUUUGUAUGUUAUGUGGCAGAGCACUCUUUCUUCUUUUAAGUUAUAAUCAUGAUCAAACCAGUCAAUAUAAGAGUUGUUAGACAAAAAAAUACAUUUUUCUUCUUGUUGAGUUAGUCAAGAUAGUAACAUUGAUUUAUAUGGGCUGGCAGAAA